UGUUAACAUAACCAUAACUACAACUGUCAAAAUAACAUGGUAGUAUUAUAUUUCUGACGUCUGUACUUGGUAUUUAAAAUAAUACCUAAUAUUAUUGUAAAAUUUUGGCAUUUUUCAUGUUUUAAAAAACAAUAGCUUGGUAAUAAUGUCAGAAAUUGAAGAAUUGGAAUCAUUAAGUCAUGAAGAUUUGUGUGAAAUAACAUUGGGAACGCUGACACGAUUAUUGAAAGCAGAUUGUUUAUUAUCAGACUUGCCUGCCGGUGUUACCAGCGAGGAAGUUAAUUCUCAAAUUGCUGUUGCACAGGGUCAAUCUAUUACUUUGGAAAUUUUGAGAAAUUUAGAACCAUCUCUUCAUGUUGUGGUUCCUCAAGGCAAGAGUACGGUUUUAGAUUUAAAGAAAGCCAUCAAGAGAACAUUUGAAUUACGACAACAAAGAAAUCGCAGUCGUGGAAAAAUCUCGUGGCGAUAUAUAUGGCGUACAUAUAGAUUAAAUUUUAAUGGAGUCCCUCUAACCAAAGAUCAUAGUUUAUUGUCAUUGUAUGGAAUUAAAAAUAAGUCACAAUUAUGUUUUGUAAAACGAUUGCGGAAUAGAAAUAUUGACAGUGAUUAA